UGCGCUCGGAGAGCUGCAGGGCGAGCUAGCCGGUUGGGUAAGUUUGCGGUCGGAGGAGCAGAGUCGGGCUGUCCGGAGUGUCCCACCACGCAGAGAGUCAGACGGAUAUUUUGCAGAGCAGAGUGGUGUCCGGAGAGCAUGGCCACCGACCAGGAGCCCACCUUCACCGUGAAGCUGCUGCAGCUUCUGCUGCUCUCCACCUACUGGGGCAUGCAGAUUUGGGUCACCUUCAUUUCAAGCUUUGUGAUGGACAACCACCUGAACAGACACACUUACGGGUUCAUUCAGAGUCGCCUUGUGCCUUUCUACCUCCACCUUGGGUCGGCCUGCGCCUUCUUCAACCUCACCAUCUAUGCUGUGUACCAUCCCUGUGACCUGCUGGAUGAACGGGAAGCCUUUCAGAUCUUCAUCUUCUUUGUGUCGGUGACGGUCGCGGCCGUCAACGCUCAGUGGUUUGGUCAGAUGACCUCAGAGAUCAUGGCAGACAUGCAUCUCAUUGAGCAGGCGUGUGGAUUGGGCCAGGAUAUCGGCCUGUCGUCCAACCGCGAAGCGUACGCCAAGCUGUGCGAGACGGAUUUGAAAUACAGGCACCUCAGCAACCGCUUGUGGCUGUAUAGACUGCUGUCGUCUCUCUGCAACCUCUGCUGCAUAGGAUGCAACUUCUACAGCCUCUGCUACAUGGCUGAGAACCUGGCGGCGCUGUGAGACGUCUCCACAGCAGCUGGACAAUUUUAUAUCUAUUCCAUAUCACUCACUCUCCAAGCAUUGCUCUUUUGUACAUGAUGUGUUUUAUUUGGUGUCUCAUGUUUGAAUUUUGGAAAUGAGUCAGUGAGGGCAAUGACUAAUGCUUCACCUUUCACCUAGAGUGUCUUGAAAGCGGCGUCCGCCUUCAGAUUUCCCUUUAUUUUUACUUUCUCCUUUACAGUAGAACAGCAUACUGCCUGACUUAAAGUAGGUGCAGUGUGUUAAAGACUUUAUGUCAGCAGUAUCAGAUACACCGGAUCAGAUUAAAGCCUGUUGCACUGCACCUUUUAGACUGUGCAUGUGCAGCGGAAAGACAGUGUCGGCUCGGGAGCUGCUCCCGCGCUGCUCACUCCUGCUCAUCUGGUUUGGGCGUAGUGAUAAUAGCUGUUCACAGUGAAGUGGCACAGGUUUGUCCGGAUUACCUCAUGUUUUCAUGUUUGCAUUGUAAGAACAGCAGUGUGCUGGUGUGUGUGUGUGUGUGUGCACUUCACAUGUCACAGUGGAAGGUUACACUAUCUUUAGCUCUCCUUGCUGCUACCAGCUCGUUAAAAGGGUUGACUGCUGCCAGGACAAUCGCAGCUCUCGACGCUCGCUAAUUUCUUCAGAUUACUUAUUCUUUAGUGUGUUAAUCUAUCCUUGUGGGGGACGGUAAAAGGGAGUCACGUGCACAUCACAUAAUUGCAGUUCUGUGAAACCACUCUGUCAACCCUCAGAGAAAUAUCUGCCCACAAACAGUUUCCAUUAAAGUCUGAAUUCGAAGUAAUACAUAUUUGUAAGGCCUGAGGUGGAUUGUAUUGAGAUCACCAGAGCUACAAUAGACCUGUACUCUAUUCAGUGGCCUCUCUCAAUGACAGUGUUGAUGUUUUGUAGGCGAGCAUGAAUGAGCAGUGGAACAACACAUUAAUAUAGUUCAGGCUGGCUCCACGCUUUCCUGACGUAGAUAAGACAGAACAGAAAACAGAUGGAGGACUGGAUGUCUGAUGACUUCCUGUACAUAGGAUAUGUACCGGUGGAAAUGCAUUUUGGAAAGUGCCCGGAGGGGUUUAAGGUUCAGCAGGAUUAGCCACUGAGAAUGUUGAAUGAAUUCUACUCCACGACACACAAUUUUACCGCUCCCUUAUCAUUUCAUAGGAUCUUUAAAAUGUGCUUAUUCAAGGCAUGUCUGCUUCAGUCUGAAGUCCCUUUCACACAAACACGGAGGCUCCUUCAGAUUCACACGGAGUCUAGCUUUGACCCAGCCUUGUGUGACUCUUUCUUUAACAAAUAGAGGCACAGAUUCACGACGUGUAACUCCGUGGAGUUACACGCGGCAGACGCUCCCCACUGUAGUAACCUCCACAGCCGUCACGCAGGUGGGAAAACCCGUCUGCCUUCAUGCACUGCGCUCAGACAGUGAUGAGAAAUGAAUGCCAACCCACCCUGGAACAAACGAUUGGCAGUUUGAAAGGCUUCUGUGUGUGUAGAUCAAACCACAUUAUAUCAGUUAUAAAGUCUGAAUACGUUGUCAAAUCAAGCACAAUGAUCUCUUACGUCAGUUGCUAUGUUCUUGUUGAUCCGUUCGCGUCUUAAGAAAAAAUGUUUUCCAGCCUCACUCAAGGGACUUCAGUACUCAUGCUUUAUGUGACCCAGAUUUUCUGAUAUUAGUUUAGUAGUAUUGUACAUGACAGUGCUGUGUAACAUCUGGCUUAGCUCCAAGAAUUAAGCUUACAGACACAUUUCUGAUAUCGGUGUGUCUUCACACAGCCUUGUGCUUCUGUACUUAUUACACACAAGUGCCUCUCAAAACGUGAAAAAAUUAUAAUUAAAAGUUAGCUUUUUUCCAAAGUUUCCUUCAAACAGUGAACCAGGCUCAUCUUUUUACACAUUAACUGGAAUAUUUUCAGCCUUUUGGUUUGUUCUAUUCUUCAUCGUUUUAGUUCAGAAGUCCCCAAAACCAAAAAUAGACCAGAUAUUUUCUAAACUGAAGACCAUAAUUAUCUCACUUAUAAUGUACAGGAGAUAAAUAUUUUUUUUCAGUGAUAUUGAAAUAUUUAAAAUGUGAUUGCAGGUUUUGCACCUUAAUAAGUUGUGUGACCGUGUCACUGUGACCCCACAGGACAGUCUGUUGAAGAUUAAACAGCCAAAGGCCAAGUCUGUGUUGGUUUCCGCCUUAUAAUGUGCCUUAUAUGAAAACACAUCGGGUGUGUUUGUACAUUCUGGUGAGGGAUUUCUAUUUUUAUAAAAGGGAACUAAGCUAUGCAUCAUUGUCUGUUUAGAAACAUUUCUAACUCUUCAGGUUGUUUGACAUUAGUGGAUCUGAGUGCAAGUGUUUCAGUCUGACUUCAAACUGACACUACGUUGUUUUUGAGAUCACGCUGUUUUGAGUCAUGGGAUUUUUUUUUUUUGUUUUAAGCAUAAUUCACAUGUCCUGCAGAGGUGAUCUGUGUUCUGUGCCUAUUGAUAUUGUUAAAGCCUUUUAACAACACUUUCUUGUUGUAAGUCCUUCAGUGAAAUUAUUUGAUCUGUUUUUGCUUUUUGUGCUGAUCAAACACAUAAAAACAAGCAGUCACUGAGGUCACUGCAGCAAAGAGCAGAUUUUUAUUUCUUUGUAAAAACUGGACUAAUGACGAGGGUGCCACACAAGCAAUGCAAUAUCGCUCGAUUUAUGGUGUAUACAUGUCUGUGAUUUUACCUGCAGGUCGUUCGACCGUUUUGUGUCCAAACAAAACAUCUUACAGUGUGAUCGUUUAAUUUUCUGAUUACUGGGAUGGUGUUAAAAUUGUGCGGCGUGCUCAUUUGGUUUGUGGUCGUGGGUUUGUACCAAAGGUGUUUCAUCAGGUGUGAUCUUGUAUUAAAAUUAUUUUUUUUCUACCA